UGUAAAUGAAAUUGUUUUUGGUACGAAUUUAAGUUUAUGCCCACGGACUUCCCGCUUCUCCCGCACCUCCUGCAUGUCUGAAUCAUCCUCCCCUUCCAACCUUCGACUUUCGACUUUCUACUCAAACCUCAAACGCAACAAAAACCUAACCCCUUUCCUCAAACUUUUUGCAUCAAUUCCCUUCGGAUCCGUAUGCUUUGGGUUAUCGUUUGAGUAUGGCACACUUAUCAUUGGUUUAGAUAGGGAGACAACAGUGUCUUUAGUUUAUGUGUUGUCUAAGUUUGUUGCGGUACCUACAUUAUAUAGCACGUGGAAAAUGUGAUUCUUGGUUGCAUGAACUAGCAUACUACCUCUAGGCUGCAUUCACCAUGGAAAAGACAGAGCUAGUGGAGGCAAAUAAGGCAAGUCCUCCGGCUGUUGGAGAGGUAAAAGGAGAUUUUUUUACUGCUCGGAGUGAAGAAGAUUGGGAAAAACACUCGGUGUGUCUGGAAACCCAAAAUGUAGACUGCGAUGGCACUGAGUUUGUUAACGAUCAAGAUGAUGUAUUGGACAAUGUAACUUCUCAAGCUGUUGAAAAUCUGGAAGGAGGUGCUUUUACCGUUCAGAGUGAAGAUCAUGACAAGGAAUCCAAAGAGGAGAAAAUUCAAAAUACUGGUCAUGAUGGCCGCAAGUUUGACAAUGAGCAAGAAAAUAUGUUAGACAAGAUAGAUGAGGUGGUAGAUGUAGAUUUGAGUAGUCAUGAGGAAACAAAGGACAAUGUGACAGAAGAGUCUCAGUUGGCUCGGAGAGUAUGCGAUAGUUGUGAUUUGCAGUGUGGAUCUCCACAAGAAAACUUGGAGAUCAGUACUGUUCCAGGUGACUGGUUUCAAAUGGAGCAUGGGAGUGAUUCAAUGAAAUCUGAAAAUCAAGUUGAUAUUCUUGGACAAGAGAAUUCUGGUGUUAAGGUAGACAACAGUGGAGAUUUUGAGCCUAAAAGUCAAGAAGUAAGUCUAGAUAGUAAUUUCGAACACCAUGGCUUGGCUAUAGAGGAGGAUGACAGUAGAAGCAUGGAAUCUGCACAAAUGAAUCAAAAGAAAGAGAAAACUUCAGAGGAUAAUAAUUUGGAGCCUGUAGUUGGUGGAUCUGAGGUUCAUAGCAGUGAAGCUGGCUGCAGCACAUCUAUGCGUGCUUUGGAUACCAAUCCAGAGGCUCCACGUGUUGUUGAUAAGGCUAUUUCUCUUAGAAACUUUGUGAGGGAGAAAAGUAUAAUAGCAGUCUCCAUUGUACUGCGUCACCUGUCUGGAAAAAGAGAUGAAUGUACUGUGAGUAAUUCUGGUGAUGUAGGUAACGAUGCUUCAGAUCUUUCAAGAGACAGUGAAACCAAAGAGGUUUCUGAGAAGACAGUGGAGAAAACAACUUGGAAUCCCUUAAAUUAUAUUAAAAUGUCAUCUGAUGUUGAUGCUGAAAAUAAAACUGUCCUGACGGAGGUACCUAUGACUGAAGGUCCACCAGUACCCAUAGCUAUGAAAGGAAGGGUUAUAUUGUACACAAGACUAGGGUGCCAAGAAUGUAAAGAGGUUAGGAAGCUUUUGUAUAUGAAAAGGCUUAGAUAUGCGGAAAUCAACAUUGAUGUGUAUCCCAGUAGAAAGAUGGAACUGGAGAAGAAUUCUGGAUCUACUUCUGUUCCCAAGGUUUUCUUCAAUGAAAUACUUAUUGGAGGCUUGAGUUCGCUAAAGUCCUUAAAUGAGUCUGGCAAGCUAAAUGAGAAGAUUGACUACCUUAUUAAUGAAGCACCAUCAUUUGAAUGCCCAGUUCCACCACUUUCUGGAGAGGAUGAUGCAUCCAGUAGGGGAGCACUUGAUGAAAUGGCUCUAAUUGUCCGCAAAAUGAAAGAAUGUAUUGUUGUGAAGGACCGAUUUUGCAAAAUGCGAAGGUUUCCUAACUGCUUUCUUGGCUCUGAAGCUGUGGACUUCUUGUCAGAAGAUCAAUAUUUGGAAAGGAAAGAGGCUGUUGAGUUUGCACGAAAACUUGCCAGCAAACUCUUCUUUCAGCAUGUUCUUGAUGAGAAUCUAUUUGAGGAUGGCAAUCACCUGUAUCGGUUUUUGGAUGAUGAUCCAAUUGUGGCAUCUUUUUGUUAUAACAUUCCGAGAGGGAUAAUUACUGUGAAACUUAAGCCUAUAACAGAAGUUGCAUCCAGGCUGAGGCUUUUGUCCUAUGCAAUGUUUGAAGCCUAUGCCUCUGAAGAUGGACGUCAUGUUGACUACAGAAGUAUGCAUGGAAGUGAGGAGUUUGCAAGGUAUCUAAGAAUAGUAGAAGAGCUCCAAAGAGGGGAAAUAUGGAAUUUGUCUAGAGAAGAGAAGCUUGCUUUUUUUAUUAAUCUAUAUAAUAUGAUGACCAUCCAUGCAAUUUUAGUAUGGGGUCACCCUUCUGGAGUGCUGGAAAGAAGGAAAUUGUUUGGAGACUUUAAAUAUGUUAUUGGUGCAUCCACCUACUCACUUUCAGCUAUUCAAAAUGGCAUUUUGAGGGGGAACCAGCGACCACCAUAUACCCUUAUGAAGCUAUUUAGUGCAAAAGAUAAACGUUUAAGGGUGGCCCUCCCUUUCCAUGAGCCCCUUAUUCAUUUUGCUUUAGUAUGUGGUACUCGAUCUGGACCAGCACUUCGGUGCUAUUCUCCUGGGGACAUUGACAAAGAAUUAGUGGAUGCAGCCCGUAAUUUCCUAAGAAGUGGAGGCCUUUCAAUAGAUUUUACUGCAAAGGUUGCAUAUGCCAGUAUGAUCCUUAAAUGGUUUAGUGUAGAUUUCGGUAAGAGUGAGGUAGAGGUCCUGAAGCAUGUGUCAAUUUACUUAGAUCCAGCUGACUCAGAAUUAUUGUUGGACUUGCUUGCCACUUCUGAGUUGAAGGUGAUAUAUCAGCCUUAUGACUGGGGUUUGAACUGCUAGUGUGUGCUAUAAUUUUUUUGUCAAUACGACGCCUGUAUUCAUAUUAAUUGAUUCCUGUUAUACAUAUUAGCAUCAAUGUAAUCAAUAGCGUAUGUUAACUUCGGUGUCAAUUUCAUACAUCUCUGUCGGAAGGUACACGAUGUAGCUCUAGGUCAAUAAGUCCCGAGAAAAAAAUUGUUCUUAUUUUGCGUCUUCUCUCUUAAUGUCUACACUAACUUCUAGGUGCCAUUUAUUAUGGAAUCCAAGUUAUAAUGGCCCAUCAAAUAUACUCCGCAAGUCGCAUUUAAGCGUUUGACUGUGAGUGUGGGGAUAGUAGGCGAUGCCAAGUUGCCAACUCUUGCAUUUAAAUUUUUGCACCACUGUAUAGUGUAUACAUACAUGGUUCUAUAUUUCUGAGCUUUUGGUGGUCUUGUUCUUGCCAAGUUCAAGUAGAUAUAUUGUUGUAUGCACUUGUAUUAUGAUGGACAAAAUUUAGAUACAGGACUAUAGAUAUUGUUGGUCGUAUUCUCUAAUUAGAGUUGGAGUUCCAUCUCUAUAAUAUGCAUUUAUAUUUAAU